AUGUCUGAAGAAAAGGCUCAGCAGGAUACCUUUGAGAGGGUGACAGAGCAAAGGAGUCCCAUCACUGGCGACAGAAUGGCUCUUGUCACAGAAGCUGAGGAGAAGGCUGUUCUGCGCAAGCUUGAUUUACAUAUUCUGCCUCUUUUGUUCCUCGUCUACACAUUCUCCAACUUGGAUCGCAGUAACUUGGGCAAUGCUCGUCUUGCAGGAUUGACAGAUUCUGUGAACUUGGAGGGCAAACGCUACGACUGGCUUGGAACGGCUUUCUAUAUCGCAUAUAUUUGUUCUCAGUGGACGGCCGUUGGCUUCAAACGAUUUCCUCCGCAUAAAUGGGUUUUCUUCUCUGCUAUAGGGUUUUCGACCAUAUCAGCAUGCCAAGCCGCCGUCACCAAUUACGCCAGUCUGGUCGUCCUGCGUGUGCUGCUCGGCUGUUUCGAAGGCAUGUUUUCCGGGGUGCCUCUAUAUCUAUCCUUCUUCUACCCCAGAGACAAAGUUGGCUUCCGCCAGGGCAUCUUCCUCUCUGGAUCUGCCCUUGCAAACGCAUAUGGGGGCGUUUUGGGAUAUGCUAUUCUGGGUAUUCGGGGCUCAGUUGCACCAUGGCGAUGCCUGUUCCUCAUUGAAGGGUUACCAGUAUGGAUCGUUGCCAUCCUGGCAUGGUUUCAUCUCCCGGACGACCUUCUCAGUGCCAAAUUCCUCACCGACAGAGAGAAAGAAGUUGCCUGGCAGUGUGUUGGACGGGGACAAACUGUCGACUCAGAGGGCGCGGGAGGGGUCAGCUGGGCAGAAUGGCGUUCAGCAUUCUUGGACUGGCGGAGUUAUGUGCCAGGCUUGAUGUACUUCUCCUGCAACGUGUGCUUCGGCUCGCUGCCUCUCUUCAUUCCGACCAUCAUAUCCGAAAUGGGCACAUUCAACCACCAAGAAAGCAAUGGAUUAUCAGCUCCCCCAUACGCUCUCUGCUUUUUCACCAUUCUAGCAUGUGCUUUCGCCAGCGACCGCGCUAAGCUGCGUGGACCCUUUGUGGCCGCUGCUGCGAUUGUAUCAACAGUCGGAUACGGCCUUCUCGGUGUUUGCGAGGGGGUUGCUGCUCGAUACGCGGGAGUCUUCCUCAGUGUACAAAUCUUUGUCAGUAUCAGCAUUCUUCUUCCAUGGGUUUCCAGCGUACACCACACUGAGAGCAAGCGCGCUGGGCCAGUUUGGGCCCUUGUGGAAGCCCCAGAUGCUACUGUAGACGCUUCGCCAGCUCGGUCCGAUCGCACGGUUGUAGGAACUUCGAGCAGUGCCUUGAACUAUACCGCUGCGGAGCCAUCUCCUGAAGUUGGCCCAUCAUAUGUUGCGCAGUCAGACCGAUCUUCAUCGCUUUCUGAAAUCUUGGGUCGAGAGGGCAUUACGAUAAAACAGAUAGACGACUGCUUUGCUCGGUUCUUCAACCACUACAGCAAGCUUCUGCCUGGAAUCUUCAGUGAAAACGAUGUAAACUACGAAUCGUGCCAGGCACUUGGAGCACGCCGCGAAGUUCAGAUAGCUGUUCAACACAUCAGAGGUGGAACAUUCCAACCACUUUUACACAUUACGAACCCCAUGCCCAUUAUAAAAAGCUCCCUGAUUCUGUGUCUCUGGCCUCUGCCAGUGGACACGAUGUGGAAAGAUCCUUCACAUGUGUAUGCAGGCACAGCCCAUUCUCUCGCUGUUCAGAAUGGGCUUUUCAUCGACGGCCACGAGCAAGACUUUGCACGGACGCAUACUUCAUUGUCCAAAGAAAUGAGAGAUAUGAGAGCUCAUCUGUGGCUCAACUGUUGUUUAGUUUUCCAAGCUACCAGCCUGUGUGAUGGCCUCCCGCAUCUUUCUAUCUCCGAGUCCAAGCCCUACCAGAGGAAAGCUAGGCUCGAAGAGAUUGUGGACGCCUCAUUCCAUUACCGCAUCAAGUGCCAUGACAUCUUGUUUGAUGCCACUAGAGCAUUUGGCGACAUCAUAAACGAGCAGGGCGAGGGCAGCUACCUUACCCGGUGCUGUACCCGUCUCGCAAUAUCAGCAUACUACUUCUUCCUACAGAGCCAUGACCUUAAGAAACCAGGCCUGAUCACAGCCUUUUCAAUAGCCACAGAAAUUCUUGAUGUCGUGUCUCGCCUAGAUGCCAUGCAGGACUUCGCCUUAUAUGCUUCAAACUACUAUACCCGCAUGGCCUUGCUAGCGGCGUUUUGCAUCCUACGAAUUGUCCGGAGCGAGCUGAAAGAGCACAUUGACCUGCGUGAUGCUCAACAGUCCUUGUUCAAGGCUAUUUCCUUCGCCAAGAGGCAUUCCAUGCAACAUGGUGACCUGGACGAGAGGUAUGGGAGCAUUCUCUCGCAGUUGUGGUCAAACAGCGAUUCGAUGAAUACUACUACAGCUAAUGGGUUGGAUCUGAGGAUCCGGAGUCGUUUGUUUAUGAGCGUGGUCUUUGACUCUCUUUGGUGGUGGCGAGUCGAAUACAACGGGCAAGGCAGCCCGUACGACACGAACAAUGCUGCGCCAGAAUCUGUUCAGAUGGAUGCCACAGAUGCCAGCACGCUUUGGAACUCGACAGCUGCGCCUGUAGGCCACAGCUUCGGAUUAUCCGACCUCCCCGAGGUUUACAUGGACUGGAACUUCCCUCUGAACAUUGAUUAUAUUGGGUAG